UCCCAAGUAGCUGUGGAAUUUUCAAUCGGACAAUACGAAGACAAGAUUAUUUGCGACGUGGUUUAUGAUCUUCCCAGCCAUAUCGUGUUGGGGCAGCCUUGGUUUCGAAAUCGAAAGGUCGAGUUCGUUAGCCGAAGAAGCAGAAAAUUCAGGGUUCGAAAACAAAACAAAAUUUUCGUAUUAAAUCCACUAGCUACAAAGGAACCUGUUGGCGACGUGAAGGAAGUACAAAGACUUCACGAGGAGUACCAUCAAGCCCUGUAGUCACAGAUUUCGUCUCCAAACAACAAGAGUGAUCAAACUAUGCUCGGCAGCAACCCGCACAGUUUUUCGCCGGAAAAACAGAGUGUCGACACCAGCCUUACUGUCGACGAGGAGGAAGAAGAUCAUGAGUCCAAAGCAGCUAAAAAUGUAUACGAGGAUGUUAACGGGAUGAACAGAGAACGAGGAGAAGUUGUGGAGCAUAUUGACGACGCUCGGGUCGUUCCGGUGACACAAACAGAGGACCCCUCUUCUCCGGAGAAACAGAGCAGGAGAGAGGUUGUAUCGGGAGGAGCUCCGAGGAGCAACCCGUCCCAAUCCAAGGUGAUCAAAAUACUCCCUUCCACCUCAAGAAUCUCUCCGAUCGAUCAAAUGGAAAAGAUUCCUUCGGUUUUGCAGAAUCAAAAUCGAGCAGCAACACCUCUGGAGACGCUUCUUCGCGACCAAAAUUCGAGCAAAGUGGAUUAGGCGAUUCGGUAUGAUUCUAAGCAAAAGGUCGACGAGGGAUCAUCAGAGAAGGUUGUACGAAGCUGUUAGAAGCUUCAAUUUUACUCGAGGAUGCCUGAGGUACAAACGCCCAAUUCGAAAGUUUGUCGCCAGAAUUUUGGAGAAGAAAAGAACCAAUUGAUUGGAGCGAUUGGGCUCGAAUCGAUCGAAACAGAGACCUUAGGCAAGUUUCUAGAGUUACAAGGAAGCCGUAGGAGUCGACAAAUUGUUACGGUGAGGCGGGAAUAAAAAAUACCCAAUUGU